UUAUCGUAAAUGAUGCAGUCCUCGUUGUGCUUCGCCCUCCUGGUGACCACGGCUGCCGCUCUCCAAGCACCUACGUCACGGGCUGGCAUGCGUCGUGGAGUCGCGCGCGCACCGAUGGUGGGCGUGCUCGCGCCGACGAGCAGUGCGCUCUGCGCCGCGGACGACGACGGCUACGAGGCGCCCAAAAUUGAAUUCGACCCGGACGCCGACGGCGCACGCGCGGCGUCCGAUAUAGCGCUUCCCUUCCGGGCACGGGGGACCGACGCAAGGUUGCGAGAGCGCGCCGUGUCGUUCGGUCGUUCGCCUCGUCGACGACGCGCGCUCAACCCAAUAUAUUUUUUCUCCAACGCAGUCGGCGGCCGCGACCUGUGGAGCGACUGGAAGAAUGGUAUCUACAUCGGCAGCGUCGCCAUCGGAGUGCUGCUGCCGCUGUUCUUCUUCGUCGUCCGGCCAUGAGGGGGUGAGUUGUGGAAGUCGACCCGCGGCCCGCGGUGGCGGCCUCGUGGGGGACCUGUGGCUGGUAAGGCGUUUGGUACGUUUCCUAAGACUCGUCCGUCCGCCCCCCGGGAUGGUUCCUCAUAGCAUUCGCGCGGGUCGAAUUGCUCUGGCUGGCCAAGUCCGUAAUCUGCAAAACGCCCUCACGACGUCCAAUUGUCCUCAUUAACCCCGCGCGCGCUUGUGAACACUCUCGGCGCCUUACUUUUACGCCUCACGCAGAAAUUCGUGCAACUCGGCCGCUCGUAAGCGUCCAAAACUGCCUCCAGUGCAUCACUACCACCUUCACGGCAUUUUCACGGCGUCAGUUGUAUUUCUAUAUUGCGCGGGAGCACGUGCGGUACGCCCAAACUACUGCGUCGCGCUCAAUUCGAAAAUCGAUGGUCGCGGUCGUGAAACCGGACGCGGGCCCGAUCCGGUCCGAUCGUACGAUUUAUACCACUCGUGUACCACAGGCCCCAUCAUCAUGUCCAAGUCCAUUAUUGCCCUCGCGCUACUCGCCGCCUCGUCGACGGCCCUUCUCGAUGUCCACAAGCAGAGCAAUCUGCGCCGCCGCCUCGGCAAAGGAAAGUACGGCGGCGGCAAGUCGGGCUCCAAGUCGGGAUCCAAAUCUGGCUACGAAGACGAAGACGAGGAUGCGGACUGCUCGUGCGACACGGUGUACGAGGAACUCGAGCUCUGCAAGGAGAACAGCGAAGCCUGCCAGGACGAGCUCGAACAGUGCACCGAGCAGAUCCAGAUAAAUCAGAAGGAGUGCGAUGAGACGAAGGAGAACCUCGAGGGCCAGAUCGCGCAGCUCACGGAGCAGCUCGACGCCUGCGAAGCCGAUACCGCGUCCCAAACGGAGACGAUCGUCAAGCUCCAGACGCAGAUCACCGAGCUCCAGUCGGCGCUGGACGCCUGCACCAAGGAGAGCGUGGGCCUCGCCGACGAGCUGAAGGCCUGCCAGGCGAACCACGGCGACUCCUCUGGCAAGAUCAACGAGCUCGAGACGGCGCUCAAGGCCUGCAACGAGGACCGGGAGAAGGCCGCUCAGACAAUCGCGACGCUCGAAGCGGAUGCUAAGGCGGCCGCGAAGCAGAUCGCCGACUACCAGGCCAAGGUCGCGAGCCUCGAAGCCGCGCUCGCGAAGGCGAGCGUCGACGCCGUCGUGGCCUCCGAGAAGACGGCUGCCUCGUCAGUCGAAGCUUCCGCGAUCGCCUUAGAAGCGACAAAGCUCAUACUGGCGCGCGCGGAGUCGCUCGAGGCGUCGCGCAAGGCCGAAUCGCUCGACGGCUUCACGCCCGAGCCGGCCAAGUAG